UCUGUUCUUCGUUCAAUUUUUUUUUUUUUUUUAAUUUAAUUUUUUUGAUUUUUUUGAUUUUUGGGUCUGCGGUAGAGAGGAAGUGGUAGCAGGGGGAUCAUGUCGACCAUUGUACUCGAUCCUCUUCUCUAUCACUGCGGGAAAGGGAAACAGAGAUUCCAACGCUGUCCUAAAUUCAAUCCGCUCAAAUCCUGUUCUUCCUUUACUUACUGUACCAAUAAGCUUCUUUACCGUGGCCGAAGGACCUUUUUCAAUCGGAAUUCUUGUAGGCUUCCUGUUCUUAGAGCUAGCUCAACUAAUGCGGGUCUCCUUGAACCCUUUGAAUCGACGGAUGUUUUGCUCACGGAGACGUUCUUUGUUAAGCGUACUGAAAAGUUGGAGGGGAAGAUCUCCGUCGGACUAGCACAGGGAAAGAACCAGAAUCAGUGGGAGCUUACUAUUGGAUGUAACCUUUCUGGGAAAUGGAUUCUUCAUUGGGGUGUGUCCUUAAUCGAUGAUAGUGGCAGCGAAUGGGAUCAACCUCCUAAAGAAAUGAUACCCUCUGGUUCAAUACCGAUCAAAGAUUAUGCUAUUGAGACACCAUUGAAAAAAUCAUCCUCGUCUGCUUUGGGAGAUGCUGUUCAUGAAGUGAAGAUAGACCUUGUCCCUGACAAAGCAAUUGCAGCUAUAAAUUUUGUUUUGAAGGAUGAAGAAACUGGAACUUGGUAUCAGCACAAAGGGAGAGAUUUCAAGGUGCCUCUUUUAGGCUACCAUGGUGGUGAUGGCAAUAUAGUUGGAACGAAAAAGGGCUUGAACUUAUGGCCAGGGGCUUUGGGUCAGCUAUCCAACCUCAUUGUUAAACCAGAACCAAAUUCUAAAGGUCAAGAAAGCAGUGGUGAAUCUGGAGAUACAAAGGAGAAGAAUUAUUUGGAAGGAUUCUACGAAGAGCUGCCUAUUGUAAAAGAAGUGGCUGUUGAUAACUCGGUCAGUGUUACAGUCAGGAAGUGUCCCGAAACAACCAAAUAUGUUUUGUAUUUGGAAACUGAUGUACCUGGAGAUGUUACUGUUCAUUGGGGAGCGUGCAGAGAUGAGACUAGGAAAUGGGAGAUUCCAGCUGCUCCUCAUCCUCCAGAAACAACAGUGUUCAAGAAAAAGGCCUUGCGUACCCCACUACAGCCGAAAAAAGACGGGAAGGGAAGUUGUGGAAUUUUCACCGUGGAAGAAGAAUUUGGAGGUUUUCUUUUUGUUCUCAAGCAGAAUGAGAAUUCUUGGUUAAACAACCAGGGAGAGGACUUCUACAUCCCCUUCUCAAGCUCUGGUAACAUGCCUGUUCAAAAGAAACAGAUCAAAUUAGAAGAUACAGGAGUAUCUAUAAAAUCUGGAGAAGGAUCUGAGGGAGUUUCUGUCACUGCUUAUACUGUUGGAAUUAUCAAGGAGAUAAGAAACUUGGUUACUGACAUUUCUUCUCAGAAGACUCCAAAGAAAAAAACCAAAGAAGCACAAGAAAGCAUUCUUCAGGAAAUUGAAAAAUUGGCUGCUGAAGCCUAUAGUAUUUUCAGAAGUUCUACUCCGACUUUUACAGAGGAAAUACUUGAGACUCCUAAACCUGUAGAACCACCUGUACAAAUUUCCUCUGGCACGGGUUCAGGUUUUGAAAUAUUGUGCCAAGGGUUUAAUUGGGAAUCUCACAAGUCCGGAAGAUGGUACGUGGAACUUAAAGAGAAAGCAGCAGAAUUAUCAUCCCUUGGCUUCACCGUGUUAUGGCUGCCACCUCCAACGGAAUCUGUGUCACCAGAGGGGUACAUGCCAAAGGACUUGUAUAAUUUAAAUUCCAGAUAUGGUAACAUUGAUGAGCUAAAGGAUGUUGUGAAGACAUUCCAUGAUGUUGGGAUAAAGGUUCUUGGUGAUGUUGUCCUAAAUCAUCGUUGUGCACAAUUUCAAAAUCAAAAUGGUAUUUGGAAUAUAUUUGGUGGUCGCUUAAAUUGGGAUGAUCGUGCAAUAGUUUCAGAUGAUCCUCAUUUUCAGGGUAGGGGCAACAAAAGUAGUGGAGACAACUUCCAUGCUGCUCCUAACAUUGAUCAUUCACAAGAUUUUGUGAGAAAUGAUAUCAAGGAGUGGUUGUGCUGGUUAAGAAAGGAAAUUGGGUAUGAUGGGUGGAGGCUUGAUUUUGUCAGAGGAUUCUGGGGUGGUUAUGUGAAGGAUUACUUGGAUGCCAGUGAACCUUACUUUGCUGUUGGCGAAUACUGGGAUUCCCUUAGCUAUACGUAUGGUGAGAUGGAUCAUAAUCAAGAUGCUCAUAGACAGAGAAUUGUUGACUGGAUAAAUGCUACUAAUGGGACUGCUGGAGCAUUUGAUGUUACUACCAAAGGGAUUCUUCAUUCUGCACUUCAGAGAUGUGAAUAUUGGCGAUUAUCAGAUCAGAAAGGAAAGCCUCCAGGAGUUGUUGGAUGGUGGCCUUCUCGUGCUGUUACCUUUAUAGAGAACCAUGACACUGGAUCUACUCAGGGUCAUUGGAGAUUUCCUGGUGGAAAGGAAAUGCAAGGGUAUGCUUACAUCCUGACUCAUCCAGGGACACCAUCAGUAUUCUUUGACCACAUUCUCUCCCAUUACAAAUCUGAAAUUGCAGCACUUAUUACUCUCAGACAACGAAAUAAAGUUAAUUGCCGGAGUGCAGUCAAAAUUCAGAAGGCAGAAAGGGAUGUCUAUGCAGCCACCAUUGAUGAUAAGGUUGCAGUGAAGAUCGGUCCAGGCCAUUUCGAACCUCCUAGCGUAUCCGGUGGAUGGUCGUUAGUUAUCGAAGGAAACGAUUACAAGGUUUGGGAAGUGUCGAAGUAAAUUCUGGUGAGUCCCAAAAUUUAGACAAUAAGCAAAUUGUAUGAGACUUUGUGAUUGUUGGAUAAAGCUCAUGUAAAUUGUUCCAGAAGGCUGAUUGUGGAUAGUAGAUUUAUAGUACUGUUUUAUAUGUAUACAUAUUCAUUGGCUCUUAGAGAAGCAUUCAUUGAGGAUGCUGUUAAUGUUAUUGUAAAAGCUUGAACGAUUGAUGGCUUAGCUUUGUAUAAACUCUUCAGCAGGUUAUAAUAAUACACAAGAAGCUUUGGGUGAUGCAUUUGCACCCACCCUUUUGAUUCU